CCGUCCGGGAUGGGGCGCCUGGGCGCCUGAGUCACCUCGCGCAGGGACGGAGCCGGCGCCGCGCGGCCGCGCUAGGAUGGAGGGACUCGGCGGCGACCCCAGCGGCGGCGGCGGCGACCCGAGAGGCGACGGGGCUGCGGACGGUGUCCACCCCGAUUCCCGGACCCCCGGGGCUGCUGAGCCCAGCGCCGGCCCCGGCCCGUGCACUGCCGCCCGGGAGUCCGAGCGCCAGCUGCGCCUCAGGCUCUGCGUCCUCAACGAGAUCUUGGGCACCGAGAGGGACUACGUGGGCACCUUGCGCUUUUUACAGUCGGCGUUCCUGCACCGCAUCCGGCAGAAUGUGGCGGACUUGGUGGAGAAGGGCCUCACGGAGGAGAACGUCAAGAUCCUGUUCUCAAACAUUGAAGACAUCCUGGAAGUUCAUAAGGAUUUCCUGGCUGCCCUGGAAUAUUGUCUACACCCGGAGCCUCAGUCUCAGCAUGAACUCGGGAAUGUUUUCUUGAAAUUUAAGGACAAGUUCUGCGUGUACGAGGAAUACUGUAGCAACCACGAGAAGGCCCUGAGGCUGCUGGUGGAGCUCAACAAGAUCCCCACGGUGCGCGCCUUCCUUUUGAGCUGCAUGCUUCUGGGAGGCCGGAAGACCACAGACAUCCCGCUGGAGGGCUACCUGCUGUCUCCCAUCCAGCGGAUCUGCAAGUACCCUCUCCUCCUCAAGGAGCUGGCCAAGAGGACGCCAGGCAAACACCCAGACCACCCUGCGGUCCAGAGCGCGCUGCAGGCCAUGAAGACCGUGUGCUCCAACAUCAACGAGACCAAGCGGCAGAUGGAGAAGCUAGAAGCCCUGGAGCAGCUGCAGUCCCACAUCGAGGGCUGGGAGGGCUCCAACCUCACGGACAUCUGCACCCAGCUCCUCCUGCAGGGGACCUUGCUGAAAAUCUCUGCAGGCAACAUCCAGGAGCGGGCCUUCUUCCUCUUCGACAACCUCCUAGUCUACUGCAAGCGCAAGUCCAGGGUCACUGGGAGCAAGAAAUCCACCAAGAGGACCAAAUCCAUCAAUGGCUCCCUCUACAUCUUCAGGGGUCGAAUCAACACUGAAGUCAUGGAGGUGGAGAAUGUGGAGGAUGGGACAGCCGAUUACCACAGCAAUGGCUACACCGUCACUAACGGCUGGAAGAUCCACAACACAGCCAAGAAUAAGUGGUUUGUUUGCAUGGCCAAGACAGCAGAGGAGAAGCAGAAGUGGCUGGAUGCCAUCAUCCGUGAGCGGGAGCAGCGUGAGAGUCUGAAGCUGGGCAUGGAGCGCGAUGCCUAUGUCAUGAUCGCGGAGAAGGGAGAGAAGCUCUACCACCUGAUGAUGAACAAGAAGGUGAAUCUGAUCAAGGACCGCAGGAGAAAGCUGAGCACAGUGCCCAAGUGCUUCCUUGGCAAUGAGUUUGUGGCCUGGCUCCUGGAGAUUGGCGAAAUCAGCAAGACGGAGGAAGGGGUCAACCUGGGCCAGGCACUGCUGGAGAACGGCAUCAUCCACCAUGUGUCUGACAAGCACCAGUUCAAGAACGAGCAGGUGAUGUACCGCUUCCGCUAUGACGACGGGACCUACAAGGCCCGCAGUGAGCUGGAGGACAUCAUGUCCAAGGGGGUGAGACUUUACUGCCGUCUCCACAGCCUGUAUACGCCGGUCAUCAAGGACCGUGACCACCACCUGAAGACCUACAAGUCUGUGCUGCCCGGGAGCAAGCUGGUGGACUGGCUGCUGGCCCAGGGAGACUGCCAGACACGGGAGGAGGCGGUGGCACUUGGCGUGGGUCUCUGCAACAACGGCUUCAUGCACCACGUGUUGGAGAAGAGUGAGUUCAAGGAUGAGUCCCAGUACUUCCGCUUCCACGCUGAUGAGGAGAUGGAGGGGACCAGCAGCAAGAACAAACAGCUGCGCAAUGACUUCAAGCUGGUGGAGAACAUUCUGGCCAAGCGGCUACUGAUCCUGCCGCAGGAGGAGGACUACGGCUUCGACAUUGAGGAGAAGAACAAGGCCGUGGUGGUGAAGUCUGUGCAGCGGGGCUCACUGGCCGAGAUGGCUGGCCUGCAGGUGGGCAGGAAGAUCUACUCCAUCAAUGAGGACCUGGUGUUCCUGCGGCCCAUCUCGGAGGUGGAGUCCAUCCUCAACCAGUCCUUCUGUUCCCGCCGCCUGCUGCGCCUCCUGGUGGCCACCAAGGCCAAAGAGACAAUCAAAGUCCCUGACCACCCGGAGGCCCUGUGCUUCCAGAUCCACGGAGCUGCCCAGCCCUUCGUCUAUGCUGUGGGGAGAGGCUCGGAGGCCAUGGCUGCAGGGCUGUGUGCCGGUCAGUGCAUCCUGAAGGUCAAUGGCAACAAUGUGACGAAUGACAGUGCCCUCGAGGUCCUGGAGCACUUCCAGGCGUUCCGGAGCCACCGAGAGGAGGCCCUGGGCCUAUUCCAGUGGGUCUACCGCUCCCACGAGGAUGCCCAGCAGGCACGAGCCAACCAGGAGGUGCCUGGCGAGGACCCCAGAGGAGACGGGCCCCAGGAGGAAGAUCAGCCGGAUUCAGCCUUGCCGCUGCUGUCCUUGGGUCCCCACCUGAGCCUGCGUGAGGACAGCCCCGUGGUCAGCCUGACGGUGGACAAUGUGCACCUGGAGCAUGGCGUGGUGUACGAGUACGCGAGCACGGCAGGCGUCCGCUGUCACGUGCUGGAGAAGAUUGUGGAGCCCCGCGGCUGCUUCAGCCUCACUGCCAAGAUCCUCGAUGCCUUUGCCGCUGAUGAUAACACCUUUGUGCAGAACUGCGGGCGCCUCAUGGCCAUGAGCAGCGCCAUGGUGACCAUGCCCCACUACGAGUUCCGAAACAUCUGUGACACCAAGCUGGAGAGCAUUGGCCAGAGGAUCGCCCGGUACCGCCAGUUUGCAGCCCAGCUGAGGGGCAGGGUCAGCCCAGCCUUCAAGCAGGCCGUCCUGGAGCCCCACCCGCUAUGCAGCCUGGACUUCUGCCCCACCAACUGCCACAUCAACCUCAUGGAAGUGUCCUACCCCAAGACCACGCCCUCCAUUGGCAGGUCCUUCAGCAUCCGCUUCGGCCGCAAGCCCUCCCUCAUCGGCCUCGACCCUGAGCAAGGCCCCCUGAACCCCAUGUCCUACACCCAGCACUGCAUCACCACCAUGGCCGCUCCCUCCUGGAAGUGUCUACCCGAGGAUGGGGACCCCCAAGGCCAGGGUCUCAGUGACAGCAGCUGCGGGCCAGCCAGUGGGGCCCCGAGCCAGGAAGACCGAGGCCUGAGCUUCCUGCUCAAGCAGGAGGACCGAGAGAUCCAGGAUGCCUACCUGCAGCUCUUCACCAAGCUGGACGUGGCCCUGAAGGAGAUGAAGCAGUACGUCACCCAGAUCAACAGGCUGCUGUCCACCAUCACGGAGCCCACCUCGGCCGGGCCCUGUGACCCACCGUUGCCCGAGGAGGCCUCCCCGACCCCACUGGUCAGUGAGGAGGGCGAGACGGACAGGGCCGACCAUGGGGGCAUCAAGAAAGUGUGCUUCAAGGUGUCGGAGGAGGACCAAGAGGACUCGGGCCACGACACCAUGAGCUACCGCGACUCCUACAGUGAGUGUAACAGCAACCGGGAUUCGGUCCUGUCCUACACCAGCGUGAGAAGCAACAGCUCCUAUCUGGGCAGUGAUGAGAUGGGCUCUGGGGAUGAGCUGCCCUGUGACAUGCGCAUCCCGUCGGACAAGCAGGACAAACUUCACGGCUGCCUGGAGCAUCUCUUUAACCAGGUGGACUCCAUCAACACGCUGCUCAAGGGGCCUGUCAUGAGCCGGGCGUUUGAAGAGACCAAGCAUUUCCCCAUGGAGCACAGCUUACAAGAGUUCAAACAGAAGGAAGAGUGUACCAUCCGUGGCCGGAGCUUGAUACAGAUCAGCAUCCAGGAGGACCCCUGGAACCUCCCCAACUCCAUCAAGACCCUCGUGGACAACAUCCAGCGAUAUGUGGAAGAUGGGAAGAACCAGCUGCUUCUGGCCCUGCUCAAGUGCACAGAUGCCGAGCUGCAGCUGCGCCGGGACGCCAUCUUCUGCCAGGCACUGGUGGCUGCUGUGUGCACCUUCUCCGAGCAGCUACUGGCUGCCCUCAGCUACCGCUACAACAACAACGGCGAGUAUGAGGAGAGCAGCCGCGAUGCCAGCCGCAAGUGGCUGGAGCAGGUGGCGGCCACGGGGGUCCUGCUGCACUGCCAGUCCCUGCUCUCGCCAGCUGCUGUGAAGGAGGAACGGACCAUGCUGGAGGACAUCUGGGUGACCCUGUCAGAGCUAGACAACGUCACCUUCUCCUUUAAGCAGCUGGACGAGAACUAUGUGGCCAACACCAGCGUCUUCUAUCACAUUGAGGGCAGCCGGCAGGCGCUGAAGGUGGUCUUCUACCUUGACAGCCACCACUUCUCCAAGCUGCCGUCCCGCCUGGAGAGCGGCGCCAGCCUCCGGCUGCACACGGUGCUCUUCACAAAAGCUCUGGAGAGUGUGGAGGGGCCUCUGCCUCCAGGCAGCCAGGUGGGGGAAGACCUGCAGCAGGAGAUCAACGCGCAGUCCCUGGAGAAGGUCCAGCAGUACUACCGCAAGCUCAGGGCGUUUUACCUGGAACGGUCUAACCUGCCCACGGACGCCAGCACCACAGCAGUGAAGAUAGACCAGCUGAUCCGCCCCAUCAAUGCCCUGGACGAACUGUGCCGCCUCAUGAAGUCCUUCAUCCACCCCAAGCCUGGAGCUGCUGGGAGCCUGGGUGCCGGCCUCAUCCCUGUCUCCUCGGAGCUCUGCUACCGCCUGGGGGCCUGCCAGAUCACCAUGUGCGGCACAGGCAUGCAGAGAAGCACCCUGAGUGUCUCCCUGGAGCAGGCGGCCAUCCUGGCGCGGAGCCACGGGCUGCUGCCCAAGUGCAUCAUGCAGGCCACGGACAUCAUGCGGAAGCAGGGCCCCAGAGUGGAGAUUCUGGGCAAAAACCUCCGAGUGAAGGAUCAGAUGCCCCAGGGUGCACCUCGGCUCUACCGCCUGUGCCAGCCUCCGGCGGACGGGGACCUCUGACGUGGACCUGGUUGCGUGCGGGGUGCGGGAGGACACAGUGGGCUGCGCCCCUCCGACAGAGCCACCUGCGGCUUCUGCCCUGGCCGCUCCGCUCUGCUCGGCUCCGGCUUCCUGCACUCUGCACUGCCUCCUUCCAGGACACGCCUGCGCCCCUGCGCCCCCACGUCUGGCUCAUCUGCCCGGGCAGCAUGAUCUCCGCCCUCCUGCCAGAGGCCCGAGGGGUCUGGGGACCCACAGGGCUCAUGGGUUGGAGCGGGGGCCUGGACUUCAGCCCUGCAGGUCCCACAGGGGACGGAGGGGAGGUCACAGGGCGCCCCAGCUCCCUGGGAUGGCGCAGCCUGCACUUUUGAACCCCAGGUCCACAUUCCAGGAGGCCACAUGCUCUCCUCAGCUUCCAGAGCACCAGCCCCGUACUAACCCGCCCGGGAGACGGGAAAGCCAGGGCCUUGUCAGGAAGGACCGAGGGACGGGGCGCAGUCAACCAGAGGACGUCACUCACUGCCGCCGGAACUCGGCCUCAGCCCUGGGCGAGACUCGCUCUGACUUUAUUUAUAUGGCGUGACAUCUCUGCGGUUUAUAUUUUGGGUUUUUUUGUUGUCAAGAUUUUUUUCUAAGUUGUAUGAUUAUAUAUUUGACAUUUUAAAUUUCAAAGAGAGGUAAAUUGUCUAACAGGACCAACAUAAGGUAGUAUUGACAACUUUACCCAGUUCUACUAAAAAAAAAAAAAAAGAACUAAAUUAUUGAAAAUUUUUAAAAUGUCAGUAUUUUCUCUUUUUUAAUAUUAGGGUCAUAAGUAUUGCUCACAGGUAUUGACUGAUUCCUUCUCUGCCCACCCUCGAUUCUCCGGCAUUUGCUCGGUUUGGGGGCUCUGCUCUGGACGGUGGCUGCAAGGAUUUGAGAGGCGGCCUGGCUAAGGCUGGGGACCAGGGCUGCUGAGCCCCCUGCCUGAGAAGCAUCCUGCACAGGUUGGGGGGCACUGGGGCCACCUGGUGGUGGACUCUGUAAUUUAUUUUUUGGUGUUAACUUCUCAGAGCUGGGCACAGGGACCCCUCGGCCAGAGAGACAGGAAGUGGCCCUGCCCUCCUGGGCACAGGGACCCAUACGAGGACCCCAGCCUCUACAUCUCCAGGGAAAGAUGGCAGAGGAGGAAGGGAGGGGAUGUUUUGUCACCCUGGCUGGGGACGUGGGGUGUGGGGCUCCUGCUGAGGCAUCUUCGUCCCCUCGGCCCCCAGGGACCACGCCUCUCGCCACCAUGCAAAAGAUUCCAAGAGGUGGCUUUGUCGCUGUAUCUCACUGCAGGUAGAAAACCAAGGACCCGCUUUAGCCCUGCCGAGGGACAUGGAGAAGGGCCCUAAGGGCCAGGGCGUCGUGCACUGGUUUACUUUAAAAUGUACAGAUUCUUCUUGUUAAAUACCUGAUAGAUUUUUUAUUAUUAUUAAAGUCAGUUUAUAAUACAAAGAA